GCCAAUCUAACAAUAAUACAGAGAUUCAUUCAUUCAUUCUAAUAACCACGAAUGCAUAUGAUCAUCAUAAUAAUAAUAUAUAGUAUUCUCCCUCUCUCUCUCUCUCUCUCUACACCCUUCUCUUCAUUUCGAUUCUUUUUCCAUCUGGCAACCAGUUUGUGAUGAAGACUGAAUAAAAGGAUUCAUUUUUCUAUGAAGUCAGUCAAAUCAUGCAGGUGGCCAAUGACAAAGAGUGUCUUGUUUGAUGGCAAAAUCAAGUUUGAAGAUCAAAAGGCUGCCUUUUAUGGCAGUUGCAUGUAUAGUAAUGUUGUUCGUUUUAUAUAGGACUCUAAAGUAUCAGUAUAAGCAAGAAGAGAUAAUUGACAAAAACUGGAGUAUCUUGAGAGAACAAGAGCGAUACUCUACUCAUUUCGAAGAGUUGAAAGGCUUGCCACGAGGUAUAAUACACACUACUUCAGAUUUUGAGUUAAGGCCUUUAUGGUUGCGAUCACGAUCAAAGGUUAGUGUUUACACAAAGCGUAAUUUGCUGGCUGUUGCAGUUGGUAUCAAACAAAAGUAUAAUGUAGAUGCUAUGGUGCAAAAGUUUCUCACAGGAAAUUUUACAAUUAUUUUGUUCCAUUAUGAUGCCAAUGUGGAUGGAUGGCAGGAUCUUGAUUGGAGUAGCAAAGUCAUACAUAUAGCUGCUAAAAAACAAACAAAGUGGUGGUUUGCAAAAAGAUUUCUACAUCCGGAUAUAGUGUAUAUUUAUGAUUACAUCUUUCUUUGGGAUGAGGAUUUAGAGGUCGAAAAUUUUUCUCCGUCAAGAUAUGUUAAGAUUGUAAGGGAAGAAGGGUUGGAGAUAUCUCAACCAGCUCUUCAUCCAAAUUCGACAGAGAUACAUCAUAGAAUUACAGUCAGAGCUAGGACCAAGAAAGUGCACAGACGAGUCUAUGAACGCAGAGGUAAAACUAAGUGUUCAGAUGAAAGUGAUGGGCCACCGUGCACUGGGUUUGUUGAAGGUAUGGCUCCUGUUUUCUCUCGAUCAGCAUGGUUUUGUACUUGGCAUCUUAUACAGAAUGACCUUGUCCAUGGAUGGGGAAUGGAUAUGAAACUAGGAUACUGUGCUCAGGGAGAUCGCAGUCAGAAUGUUGGUGUUGUUGAUAGUGAAUAUGUUUUUCACAAGGCAAUUCCAACUCUUGGUGGUAGCAGUCAUUAUAUAAUCAAAAGACGCGGCUCACCACCAGCAGUUGAUCCGAGAACUGAGAUAAGAAGGCAAUCAGCAUGGGAACUUAAAAUCUUCAAAGAGCGCUGGAAUCAAGCCAUCACCGAGGACAAAAGUUGGGUGAAGCCAUUUAAGAGUGAUUAAAGACGCAUACGACAAAGGCGCAACCGCUAACUGUUUUCUUAACAAUUCAUUCAAUUAACAUGGUUUGAUAUGUUAGUCUAGCUUCAUUCAUAGCCCGUGGUCUUAUAUAUAGUUAUAGGCAUAAUUUAUUUUUUGUACCCGGGCAAAUCGAUUCAUUCAAUUUUUGAAGAUCCGAUAUUUCUUAAUAUUCUUUUGUUCUUUCAUGUGGCCGAGGUUAUGUUCAUUGUCUUUUUUUUUUUUUUUUUUACACUAUACGAGUCCUCCCUCGUAUUUCCCAUUUUUUGAUAUAGUUGUCAUAUAUGUGGGCUUAGUACACUACCAUACAUCAAUGCUAAAAUGAAUAAAAUAGUGCUAUGGUUUUCAUGA